UUAUCAUGUCCUACUCUUGAAGUCGGCGAACAAGCUCGGUGUCUCCUCUGCGCUCGAGCGUCGGCUGAUAGAAAUGCCAACGCGACUCCACUGAUUUCCCUCUUCAGCUUCCGUUAACAGCCGAUCUGGUUUUUCAACAUUUCUGGCGUGGCUGCGGCUGUGUCGUCAUGGCGCCAGCGUGUUAUCUCACGGGAGUAUCAGUUACCUGCGCCAGUAUGCGCGUUCCCGCGAGCUGCUCGCAGUCCAGCAUCUCAGAGCCAGUCGAGGGGCUCCAGGUGGAGCUAUUUAAAACCGGAGAGACAUGGAUGAGGAGGCUCAGGACAGCGAGUGUCCGGUGUGUUACGAGAGUCUUUCGGACAGCGCCAGGGCGCUCAGCUGCGGCCAUCACUUCUGUCAUGACUGCUUAGUACGAACUCUGGUGAACACCAGCCUGAACGGAUCCAUUAAACGGGAUACUAUCAUCUGCCCCGUCUGCAGACACCUGACAUUCAUCACAAAGCCCCACGGAUUCACCGUUUCAGCGGCUGAAGCCAAAAGGAUUGGAAAGACACUGGAGGUACCAUCUAAACCCACUCCUGUAUUCCCUGUUGGGUCUCACACCGGAGGUCUUGGCUGUUUCUGCAGGUGUCUGAGGAGAAUCUCAUGUAGACUAUGUAGACGAAGACUCAUCUGUCCUAAAGACGCUUCAGAAGUCUUUAUCAUAAGUGAGUUGGGUCGGCCCAUGACAGAGGGUGAUGUUAUUGACAUUGGGACAACUUCAGAAAUGCAGCAGGACUACAGCAGCAAUGGACAGAGGCUUUGCACCAUCUCCUGCUGCCUUCUGAUCCUAAUGAUCACUUUCACCUUACUAGCACUGGUGGCUGCCACACUUCCAUGGGUUUUGUUGGCUUGAAGUGUCCAGAACUACUUCUGUGUGGUACUUCAUGUAAGAUCAGUCGCAUUAAGAGAAGUAUAUAUCAUUAUUAAUCAAUACGUUCGCAUGUGUCUUACUGAAACGAAAACUAAAUGUGGUUUCACAAGUCACAAUGAAUGUUUUGUAAAGAACUGACUGUUAUUGUGAGAUCUUUUCCAAGGCUUGUUCUGGCAUGUCUUGUGGAUGUCUUGAGGGGAGGCAUAUGGAGGGGGUUACCUUACAAAACAGUCAAAUAUAUAGUGUUACUUACUUUACAGAUAACAAGUGUUUUGUUCUGGAUCUGAAUGCAAAAAGCUGUUACAGUAGGAAGAUAGAGUUGAUGUUAGGCCUGACACGCUUCCCUCAUCGAGUUACUGUGAGGAGACUGGGUCAUUUAAACGUGAAGAAGAAAAGAUGAGCCGGUCAUCUGGUUGUCACUUGAUCUCGGAGAAACACGGUGGGAUUCAGUUACAACUACCAUGGACACAAGUUUGAGAAAGGAGGACGGGGAAGGGUGUGAUGAGGCUUUACUUUGAGCUUUUCUCGAUGGCUUGCAUUGCCUGGAAGGAAUGAAACACACCCUCACUUGUCCAGAAAUUCUUGUCACACGGGUUAGCGAACUUCUUCGGCUAGUUCCAGCCCUGAAAUGACUAAUACCUCACAUUCUGCGCAAGUUAAGUCAUUACUUGAUUGGAGGGUGUUUCUGUGACGUACCUGAACAGCAAUGCUAUGCACUUCAGAAUCAUAUGUGCACGUGUUUGUACUAGUGUACUAGUUGCCAUUAAAUUACAGAAAACU